UCUAACAACCCGGAUGUGUUGUCUGACAGCUGAGGGACCAGAGUCCGGACCCUGCAGCUGCGGAACCUCUCACGUCGAACUGCUGCUUCCUCGGCGUAAUGCACCGAAUCCGGAUCAUUUCGGGCCACCUGUGUCCCCCCGGGGCCCCUGAACGCACCCGGGACCCACGGAGGACCGAGUGCGGCUGCGCGCGCAGCAGCAGCCCGGAGGACGUGGUGGUGGUCCACGGCCGGAGGACCGCCGUCGGGAAGGCGAGGAGGGGCGCGUUCAAGGACACCACGCCGGACGAGCUGCUGAGUGCAGCCAUGACGGCCGUGCUGACGGACGUUGGACUUUCACCGGACAAGCUGGGGGACGUGUGUGUCGGUAACGUGCUGCAGCCCGGCGCCGGCGCCCUGAUGGCCCGGGUGGCUCACUUCCUCAGCGGCUUCCCAGAGACCGUACCCGUCUACACCGUCAACCGGCAGUGCUCCUCGGGGCUGCAGGCUCUGUUUAACAUCGCAGGUACGGACUCUCCGCUUCCCAGCGUAUUAAUACUCUUAGAACCGCGGCCACGCACAAUCACUACCACUUUCAGAUUUUAA